AUGGUCAAACUGGACAUGCAUAUUUUGGCCCACCACCUCAAACAGGAGCGGCUCUACGUGAACUCCGAAAAGCAGCUGAUCCAGCGGCUGAACGCCGAGGUGCUGAAGACGGCCGAGAAGCUUUACCACACCGCUUGGAUCUCCAAGCAGCAGAGGAUCAACUUGGACCGCUUGAUCAUCACAAGCGCGGAUGCCUCUCCGGCGGAAUGUUGCCAGCACGCCAAAGUGUUGGAAGACACGCAGUUUGUGGACGGCUACAAGCAGCUGGGCUUCCAAGAGACGGCCUACGGGGAAUUCCUCAACCGGUUGCGCGAGAACCCCCGCCUCAUUGCGUCCUGCCUGGUGGCCGGCGAGAAGUUCAACCAGGAGAACAUUCAGAACGUCAUCCACACGGUCUUCACCUCCAUCUACGGCAACUGCAUCAUGCCGGAAGACGAGAACUUUCUUCUCCAGGUCUUGCGCUACCUGGUCGAGUUUGAGCUGAAGGAGAGCGACAACCCUCGGCGGCUCUUGCGGAGGGGCACCUGCGCCUUCAGCGUCCUCUUCAAGCUCUUCUCCGAGGGCCUCUUCUCCGCCAAGCUCUUCCUGACGGCCACCUUGCACGAGCCCAUCAUGCAGCUGCUGGUGGAGGACGAGGACCACCUGGAGACCGACCCCCACAAGCUGACCGAGCGCUUCUCGCCCGCCCAGCAGGAGAAGCUCUUUGGGGAAAAGGGCUCCGAGAAGUUCCGGCAGAAGGUUCAGGAGAUGGUGGACUCCAACGAGGCCAAGCUGGUGGCCCUGGUCAACAAGUUCAUCGGCUACCUCAAGCAGAACACCUACUGCUUCCCGCACAGCUUGCGCUGGAUCAUGUCCCAGAUGUACAAAACGCUCUCCUGCGUGGAGCGGCUGGAGGUGGGGGAAGUGAGGGCCAUGUGCACCGACCUGCUCUUGGCCUGCUUCAUUUGCCCGGCGGUGGUCAACCCGGAACAGUAUGGGAUUAUUUCGGAUGCGCCAAUCAACGAAGUGGCAAGGUUUAAUCUGAUGCAGGUACGGCUGUGUGGGUCAAGCAUCAGCAGCCCAGAGAGAUCUUGUUCAAAUUUCUGACCAAUGUGGCUUACACACCUUUUGUAGGGCUGUGUGGCUUCGUUCCUGGAUGUCGUCAUUGGUGGCCGGGCAGUAGAAACCCCUCCGAUGUCUUCGGUGAAUCUCCUGGAAGGGCUGAGUCGAACCGUGGUUUAUAUGACCUAUAGCCAGCUUACCACACUGGUUAGCUUCAUGCGGAAUGUCAUGUCCGGCGACCAGCUCAAGGAAGAUCGAGUGUCUCUGGAGAACCUGCUCUUAAAUCUACCCCAGAACAAGCCGGGGAAAAGCGGGAGCCUGGAGCUGACGCCUUACAACACCCCACAACUCUCACCGGCAACCACUCCCGCCAGCAAAAAAAAUCGACUGGCUAUAGGACAACAAUUGGCAACCAUCACUGCCUGGGACACGUCUGCUACCAACCUCACAGCUCAUAUAAAUCUCGUAACCCCUUUUGCCACUCGCAGCAGGAGCCGUUCCAAUAUCCAGAUGGACCAACAUCCAGAUUACGAGGGGGUCUGCCAAGAGACCAUCCAGGAAGUCCAGCCCGAAGAGGUUUUGGUCAUUUCUCUCGGGACAGGUCCCCAAAUCACGCCUGGCAUGAUGUCAGAAAAUGAGGUUUUAAACAUGCAGCUGGCGGAUGGGGGUCCAGGCGACGUUCCGGUCGACGAUGCCAAACUCCACGGUAAACCUGAUAAAACCCUGCGGUUUUCCCUCUGCAGUGAUAAUCUGGAAGGCAUUUCCGAAGGCCCUUCUAACCGCUCCAAUUCGGUGUCCUCGCUGGAUUUAGAAGGGGAAUCCGUUUCCGAAUCGGGGGCUGGACCGUCAGGAAGCAACGGCGUUGAGGCCUUGCAGCUUCUGGAGCGUGAACAAGCUACCACCCAGGACAAUCUGGACGAUAAACUCCGUAAAUUUGAGAUCCGCGACAUGAUGGGCUUGACCGAAGACCGGGACAUCUCGGAAACCGUGAGCGAGACCUGGAGCACGGACGUGCUGGGAAGCGACUUCGACCCGAAUAUUGAUGAAGACCGUUUACAGGAGAUCACGGGGGCUGCAGCCGAAAACGUCUUGGGCAGCCUGCUAUGUUUGCCUGGUUCCGGCUCGGUGCUGUUUGAUCCCUGCACGGGCUCCACCAUCUCAGAAACCACCAGCGAAGCUUGGAGCAUUGAGGUCCUCCCAAGCGAUUCAGAAGCUCCAGACCUGAAGCAGGAAGAGAGACUGCAAGAAUUGGAAAGCUGCUCCGGUGUGGGAAGCGCCUCCGAUGACACCGACGUCAGAGAAGUUAGUUCCCGGCCCAGCACACCUGGCCUCAGUGUUGUCUCAGGUAUCAGCGCAACGUCCGAAGACAUCCCGAACAAGAUAGAGGACCUGCGAUCCGAAUGCAGCUCCGACUUUGGUGGGAAAGAUUCAGUCACCAGCCCGGACAUGGACGAAACGGUGCACGGUGCCAGCCACUUGACCUCGCCUCCUUGCCAGGCGGAUUCCCUUCUCGCCAUGUUUGACCCCUUGGUUUCUCACGAAGUGGUCAGGCCCAAAGUCCACUACGCCCGGCCGUCUCACCCGCCACCGGAUCCCCCGAUCUUGGAAGGGACCCUGGGCGGCAGCGACGCCAGGCUGCCCAGCUUCGCCUCCCACACGGCCAUGCUCUUCGACUCGGAGGCCUUCAAGCAGCGCUACUCCUACCCCGAAAGGCUCGUGCGGAGCCGGAGUUCCGACAUCGUCUCAUCUGCCCGGAGGCCCAUGAGCGAUCCCGGCUGGAACAGGCGAGCGGGGACCGAGGAGCGGGAUCUUUUGGGGCCCGGGAGCAACGCCGGAGGGGUGCCGAUGGUUCCCGGACUGCAGUCUUCCUCUUCAUCUCCGAGCAAAGAUUCCUGCAGGGGAGAGAUUGAAGACCGAAAAGACAGCGAUGAUGAGAAGUCCGACCGAAACAGACCCUGGUGGAGGAAACGUUUCGUGUCAGCCAUGCCCAAAGCUCCAAUUCCGUUUAGAAAAAAAGAAAAACAAGACAAAGAGAAGGAUGACUUCAUCCCGGAUCGAUUUUCUUCCCUUCAAGACAACGAAAUCGUCUGCUUCCUCAAAAUCCAGCUGGCCGAAGCCAUCAACCUCCAGGACAAGAACUUGAUGGCCCAGCUUCAGGAGACCAUGCGUUGCGUGGGGCGCUUCGACAACCGGACCUGCCGGAAAUUGCUGGCCUCCAUCGCCGAGGAUUACAGGAAACGGGCGCCUUACUUCACCUACCUGACCCGCUGUCGCCAGGGCCUCCAGACCACCCAGGCCCACCUGGAACGGCUGCUGCAGCGAGUCCUGAGGGACAAGGAGGUGGCCAACCACUACUUCACCACCGUGUGCGUCCGCCUCUUGCUGGAGAGCAAAGAAUCCAAGAUCAGAGAGUUCAUUCAGGAUUUCCAGAAGCUGACGGCAGCGGACGACAAGACGGCCCAGGUGGAAGACUUCCUCCAGUUCCUCUACGGGGCGAUGGCCCAGGACGUCAUCUGGCAGAACGCCAGCGAGGAGCAGCUGCAGGACGCCCAGCUGGUGAUCGAGCGCAGCGUCAUGAAUCGCAUCUUCAAGCUGGCCUUUUACCCCAAUCAGGACGGAGACAUCCUGCGGGAUCAGCUUCUUCACGACCACAUCCAAAGAUUGUCAAAAGUGGUGACGGCCAACCACAAAGCCCUCCAGAUCCCAGAGGUCUACCUACGGGAAGCCCCCUGGCCCUCAGCCCAGGCCGAGAUCCGGACCAUCAGCGCCUACAAGACCCCCCGAGACAAGCUGCAGUGUGUCUUGAGGAUGUGCUCCACCAUCAUGAACCUGUUGAGCUUGGCCAACGAGGACUCGGUUCCCGGCGCGGACGAUUUCGUCCCGGUGCUCGUUUUUGUCCUCAUCAAGGUAGAGAAAGCCUUUGUGUCAGAGCUGCCUUACUCUCCUUCCUCUCCUCCAUCCCUCAUCAGAUUCACUCUCUGA